CCUUCCGUCGGUGGCUCCUUCCUUCCUGCUUCACCGACACGUUUCGCGAAAUGGGGCUGAGCCUCCGGCCGGUUAGCACCCCUUGAGGAUCUGGAAGCCGGACCCACAAUGGAAGAAGACCAGGAGCUUGAGAGAAAAAUAUCUGGAUUGAAGACCUCAAUGGCUGAAGGCGAGAGGAAGACAGCCCUGGAAAUGGUCCAGGCAGCUGGAACAGAUAGACACUGUGUGACAUUUGUAUUGCACGAAGAGGACCAUACCCUAGGAAAUUCUCUUCGUUACAUGAUCAUGAAGAACCCAGAAGUGGAAUUUUGUGGUUAUACUACAACCCAUCCUUCAGAGAGCAAAAUUAAUUUACGCAUUCAGACUCGGGGUGCUCUUCCAGCAGUUGAGCCGUUUCAGAGAGGCCUGAAUGAGCUCAUGAAUGUCUGCCAACAUGUGCUUGACAAGUUUGAGGCCAGCAUAAAAGAAUAUAAGGAUCAAAAAACAAGAAGUGAAUCCACAUUCUAGUUCCUUGUGCACUAUACAGGGAUAUAUACUAUCCUCCAGGAUAUUUUUUUUGUGAUCUCGCAAAAUCCAGAAGUAGAAGCUUGUAAUUGCGACAUGAUCUCCCCAGAAAGUUGUACUUUUAGCUUUUUACCCAUUUCAGCUGUUGGAAUCCCUGCAAGAGCCUUUGUAUACUUCUAAUAAAUUCCCUCUUCAAUUUAAACUAA